UGCUUCACGCAGAUUGGCACCACUUCCUACACUGCGUGUCCUGUAAUAACAUUUUAUUUCAGUGUGCUUUGCAAUAUUUCACCUGCUAAAUCAUGUCUUUGGAAAUUGAAUCUGCCGAUGUGAUCCGUCUGAUCAUGCAGUACCUGAAGGAGAACAGUCUGCACCGCACGCUGGCCACCCUGGUGGAGGAGACUACGGUGUCCCUGAACACGGUGGACUCCAUCGAGAGCUUCGUGGCCGACAUCAACAGCGGACACUGGGACACAGUACUGCAGGCCAUACAGUCACUCAAGCUGCCCGACAAGACACUCAUCGACCUCUACGAACAGGUGGUGUUGGAGCUGAUUGAGCUGAGAGAGCUGGGUGCUGCGCGUUCCCUGCUGCGUCAGACCGACCCCAUGAUUAUGCUGAAACAGACUCAACCGGAGAGGUACAUCCAUCUGGAAAACCUGCUGGCCAGAUCAUACUUCGACCCCCGCGAGGCGUACCCGGAUGGCAGCAGUAAGGAGAAGAGGAGAGCGGCGAUCGCUCAGGCGCUGGCGGGAGAAGUCAGUGUGGUGCCCCCCUCACGUCUAAUGGCCCUACUCGCACAGUCUCUGAAGUGGCAGCAGCAUCAGGGUCUGCUUCCUCCUGGUAUGACCAUCGAUCUGUUCAGAGGCAAAGCAGCCGUCAAGGACGUGGAGGAGGAGCGCUUCCCCACGCAGCUGGCCAGGCACAUCAAGUUUGGUCAGAAGUCCCAUGUGGAGUGUUCGCGCUUCUCUCCUGAUGGUCAGUACCUGGUGACCGGCUCUGUGGACGGAUUCAUCGAGGUCUGGAACUUCACCACUGGCAAGAUCAGAAAGGAUUUGAAGUACCAGGCUCAGGAUAACUUCAUGAUGAUGGACGACGCUGUUCUCUGCAUGUGCUUCAGCCGAGACUCUGAGAUGCUGGCUACCGGCGCCCAGGACGGCAAGAUCAAGGUGUGGAAGUUGUUGAGUGGCCAGUGCCUGCGUCGGUUUGAGCGAGCCCACAGUAAAGGAGUCACCUGCAUCAGCUUCUGCAAAGACUCCAGCCAACUGCUCAGCGCAUCAUUCGACCAGACCAUCAGGGUCCAUGGUCUGAAGUCUGGGAAGCUCCUGAAGGAGUUCAGAGGUCACGCGUCCUUCGUCAACGAAGCGACCUUCACACCUGACGGACACCACAUCAUCAGCGCAUCAUCGGACGGCACCGUUAAGAUCUGGAACGUUAAGACCACUGAGUGUUCUAACACCUACAAGUCCCUGGGCGCGUCUGCCGGUGCCGACAUCACGGUCAACAACGUUCUGCUGCUGCCCAAGAAUCCAGAACACUUUGUAGUCUGCAACCGCUCCAACACCGUGGUGAUCAUGAACAUGCAGGGACAGAUUGUGCGUAGUUUCAGCUCUGGUAAGCGUGAGGGAGGUGACUUCGUGUGCUGCUGCCUGUCCCCUCGAGGAGAGUGGAUCUACUGCAUAGGAGAGGACUUCGUACUCUACUGUUUUAGUACCGGCACCGGCAAACUGGAGAGAACCCUGACGGUCCAUGAGAAGGAUGUAAUUGGCAUGGCCCACCAUCCGCACCAGAACCUGAUUGGGACAUACAGCGAGGACGGCCUCCUGAAACUAUGGAAACCAUGAGCAGGCCACGCCUCUCCUGUAACUAUGGAAACCUGGAGCAGGCCACGCCUCUCCCUCUGCUGUAACCUUGGGAACCAGGAGGAGGCCACGCCUCUAAGAGCACCAGGACAACCAGCAUUGGGGUGGGGGUGGAGAGGAGGGGGUGUCGACGCUGUGGAGGGAGAGGGGCAUGGAGUGUUUUUGUAAAUACACUUUUUUUAUUUUUAUUUACUGCUACUGUGUUGACAGGUCUACCUGUUGGUAAACACACUUGUUUUUAUUUUUUGUUUUGUUUUGUUGAUUACUAGUCAGUUGAUUCACAAAGAGUUUGAUUUCCGUCUCUGUAUCUGAUACUCUGUGUCAUUAAAUUCCUUUCCUGAAACAU